GUCAUCUCCUGUACUGUGUCUGCAGUCUCUGGUAAUCCCCUGUACUGUGUCCGCAGUCUCUGGUCAUCUCCUGUACUGUGUCCGCAGUCUCUGGUCAUCUCCUGUACUGUGUCCGCAGUCUCUGGUCAUCUCCUGUACUUAUGUCUGCAGUCUCUGGUCAUCCCCUGUACUGUGUCUGCAGUCUCUGGUCAUCUCCUGUACUGUGUCCGCAGUCUCUGGCCAUCCCUGUACUGUGUCCGCAGUCUCUGGUCAUCUCCUGUACUAUGUCUGCAGUCUCUGGUCAUCUCCUGUACUAUGUCUGCAGUCUCUGGUAAUCCCCUGUACUGUGUCCGCAGUCUCUGGUCAUCUCCUGUACUGUGUCUGCAGUCUCUGGUCAUCUCCUGUACUGUGUCCGCAGUCUCUGGUCAUCUCCUGUACUGUGUCUGCAGUCUCUGGUCAUCUCCUGUACUGUGUCUGCAGUCUCUGGUAAUCCCCUGUACUAUGUCCGCAGUC